AUGUUCGGCGAGUUGGUGGGAGGGGAGGACCCGGGCCAGGGAAACCCGGAGCAGAACUGGCUGACAUGCCUGAAGGACGACAUGAAGAUGUUCGAAGCCAGGUACGGCUCCACGACCGACAAGCCGAGCGUCUUCGGAGUCCCGAAGUUAGUCUGGAGUGAGGCGGCGAAGGUGGAGGGGGGGGUACCGUGGCACGCGGGGGUGCUACAGGGAGCUGAGAGGUUCAUGGCCUCUUGGCACAAGGGCAAGGAGGAGGCCAGCCGACAACGAGCCAUCAAACGAGGAGACAGCGGGCCCAAAAAUAGUCUAGAUACGGCACCAAUCAACGGGGCGGUAGGGGGGCGGAAGGAAACGGCGCGGCGGGAAGAAAGCAAGCGAGAAGAGACCGACCGCGUGACGUGACAUGUUGCGGUCGAAUUUCAACGACUAAUUUUUCUGUUGCCCUCUCCCCCGUUUGCUGUCGCGUUCAGACUGUCUCUAGGGAUAUCCCUGUCUCUGUGCGAGUUUGUUUAUGUCCUCGUCUGUCUUUGGUUUAUUUCGUUUUAUUUUGUUUGGUUUUUUUACUGGCACGUACUGCUGCCCCUUGGGAUCCUUCCGGAAGGCUUACCCCCAGGCUGGUGGUGCGCACGUUCCACUAUUUAUUUAUUUAUUUGUUUCUGAUUCUUUUGUUUUCUUGUAUGUUAUC